AUGCCUCUGCAGGCUUUACCCAAGUUGAUACAAAUGCUUUGGAUGUUUCUGUGUUUUGACAACACAACGAAGUGGCUCUGGACGCAGUUCGUUAAACUCCGUCCGUUGAUCGCCAAGAAAUUUUAUCUUAAAGAUACUGAGUGUCGUCCGCCAAGUGCGAAACUCUACGACUGA